AGACGCGCGAUCAAGCCUUCGACGCCUUCACGACAUGGCUACCCAUCGCCGAACGAGAAUCCGGAACCAAGCUCAAGAGCUUCCAGUCAGACGAAUUCGCAAUCGUGAACACAGUUAAAGUAGGGUUGAUGUCCACGUCUACUUUGGCCACCCUCUUUACAAGGAAUUUCGAAAAUCCGGGAGCACGCCCUAAUCUGUUCAUUUCGUUGCGAAUUAGAUGUCGCAAGGGGCAUGGAAUUCGAGAGCGCGUUCACAACAAGAGACAUCACGUAGGCCUUAGAUUCCGCCUGUAGCAGAGGUCUGUCAGCCCGACAGCGAGUGCCGCCCUUCGUCACUGCCAGCCCGCCCGGCGCCAUGCCGCGGAAGCCGGUGGCCAACUUCCUGUCGUGGGCGUCCAACGUGCUGGAGGCCGUCGACCAAUCCGCGGCGAGCUUGAGCGACUCCACCAAUCCGCAUCGCAGGAAGCACCAGCGGCAGUCGCGCGCGGCGGCGGACGGGCAGCUGUCGGACUCGCCGUGGGUGGACGGCAGCGACGGCUACGCCAGCAGCACGGGGUACGCCAGCACCGGCUAUGUCAGCGACCAGCCCCUGCCGGUGGCGCUGGGGGCCGCGCGGGGGGCGUGGGACGGCGCAGACGGCUGGGGACGGGGCAGAGGGACGGCUGGCGCAGGGGAGGACGGGGGAGGCGCGGAGGGGCGGGUGGGGAAGGGAGGGGCGCUGGGCGGAGUGGUGGAGGGGGAGGGGGAGGAGGACGGGUGGGGCGUUCAUGGUAGAGGGCCGGGAAGGGGGGAGGGCAGGGGGGGCACGGGUGCACAGUGGCUUCCCAGCUCAAGCCUCGGCGGUGGCCCGAGCCUGAGGUCCGGCCAGACGUCCGUCAGCUUCGGUGGCGUUGAGCAGCGUGGUGCAGCGGGGGUGAAUGAUGGUGGGAGCAGCGGUGGCAUGGGGGGAGUGCGCAGUGGCAGCGCGCAUGGCAUGCACGGCAGCAAGAGCAUGGGAGGCGCUGCUGCACGCAGUGAGUGCGGGGGCGAGGGGAGGGGGGAGAGGGGCAGGAGUGAGUGGCAGUCGCAUGAGUUCGAGGCGUGGGGAGGCGACUGGGAGACGCAGCGACAGGGGGGCGAGGGAAGGGGGAGCUCUGGGGAAGGGGAAAAGCAUGGGGAGGUGCAGGCGAGCAGCAGGGGGGAGGCACCGGAAACCAAGGAGGGUACAGAUGGAGAUGCGAACGAGGCGGUGGAUGAUAGGGAGAAGCGAGUUGGUGCAGCGGCAGCAGCAGCAGCCAUAGCAGCAGCAGGAGCAGCAAGGGCAGAAGAGACGGAUGAUCCUGGGAGGAGCAGCAGCAUGAGCAUGAGCAUGAGCAUGCGCAUGAGCAGUGCGAGUGGCAGCACUGGAGCCGUUGGUAGCGCCACCCUCCCGAGCUGCACCAGUGGCAGUGCUGGCAGCAGCAGCAGCAGCAGCAAUGGUGCGAGGGAGCGUGAGAGCGCACACGGCAGCAGCGAGGUGGCAUCUCAACCCAAACCACGUGACAGCGUUGGCGUGAGCAGCAGCAUGAGCAGCACGCGGGGCGUGUUGGGGUCGCAGGUGCGGCGCGUGCUGGCGUUGGCGCGCAGCCCGUCCGCCCAGCUGGACGCCAUGCGCGCGUGCAGGCGCGCCAUGGAUGCGCACUCCUGGCUCAAUGCGCCCAUGCGCGCCGAGUUUGACGACGCCAGCCGCGAGUGCAGCCAGCUGGAGGCGCGGGUGUCGGUGGCGGUGGGCGAGAUGGAGCGCCUCCAACACGCCGCGCAGCUCAUGGCGCACCGGGCCGCGCAGGAGAUGGCCAGCCUGCACGCUGAGCUGGCAGCUGCCACAUCAGCGCUGGAGCAGGAGAGGACCAAACAUGCUGCCACGCGGCGAGAGGCGGAGGAGCGCGAGGCGGCGCUGCGGGGCGAGCAGGCGGGGCAGGCGCGGGCGGUGGCGCGGAUCAGGCGGCGGAUGGAGGAGAGGGAGGCGGAGCAGGGGCGGGUGGCGAGGAGCAUUCAGGCGAGGAAUGUGAUUGAGGGCUGUUGUGAGGCGAGGAAUGUGAUUGAGGGCUGUUGUGAGGCGAGGAAUGUGAUUGAGGGCUGUUGUGAGGCGAGGAUUGUGAUUGAGGGCUGUUGUGAGGCGAGGAAUGUGAUUGAGGGCUGUUGUGAGGCGAGGAUUGUGAUUGAGGGCUGUUGUGAGGCGAGGAAUGUGAUUGAGGGCUGUUGCGAGGCGAGGAAUGUGAUUGAGGGCUGUUGUGAGGCGAGGAUUGUGAUUGAGGGCUGUUGUGAGGCGAGGAAUGUGAUUGAGGGCUGUUGCGAGGCGAGGAAUGUGAUUGAGGGCUGUUGUGAGGCGAGGAUUGUGAUUGAGGGCUGUUGUGAGGCGAGGAAUGUGAUUGAGGGCUGUUGCGAGGCGAGGAAUGUGAUUGAGGGCUGUUGUGAGGCGAGGAAUGUGAUUGAGGGCUGUUGCGAGGCGAGGAAUGUGAUUGAGGGCUGUUGUGAGGCGAGGAUUGUGAUUGAGGGCUGUUGUGAGGCGAGGAAUGUGAUUGAGGGCUGUUGUGAGGCGAGGAUUGUGAUUGAGGGCUGUUGUGAGGCGAGGAAUGUGAUUGAGGGCUGUUGCGAGGUGAGGAAUGUGAUUGAGGGCUGUUGUGAGGCGAGGAUUGUGAUUGAGGGCUGUUGUGAGGCGAGGAAUGUGAUUGAGGGCUGUUGCGAGGCGAGGAAUGUGAUUGAGGGCUGUUGUGAGGCGAGGAAUGUGAUUGAGGGCUGUUGUGAGGCGAGGAAUGUGAUUGAGGGCUGUUGUGAGGCGAGGAUUGUGAUUGAGGGCUGUUGUGAGGCGAGGAAUGUGAUUGAGGGCUGUUGCGAGGCGAGGAAUGUGAUUGAGGGCUGUUGUGAGGCGAGGAAUGUGAUUGAGGGCUGUUGUGAGGCGAGGAUUGUGAUUGAGGGCUGUUGUGAGGCGAGGAAUGUGAUUGAGGGCUGUUGCGAGGCGAGGAAUGUGAUUGAGGGCUGUUGUGAGGCGAGGAUUGUGAUUGAGGGCUGUUGUGAGGCGAGGAAUGUGAUUGAGGGCUGUUGUGAGGCGAGGAUUGUGAUUGAGGGCUGUUGUGAGGCGAGGAAUGUGAUUGAGGGCUGUUGCGAGGUGAGGAAUGUGAUUGAGGGCUGUUGUGAGGCGAGGAUUGUGAUUGAGGGCUGUUGUGAGGCGAGGAAUGUGAUUGAGGGCUGUUGCGAGGCGAGGAAUGUGAUUGAGGGCUGUUGUGAGGCGAGGAAUGUGAUUGAGGGCUGUUGUGAGGCGAGGAAUGUGAUUGAGGGCUGUUGUGAGGCGAGGAUUGUGAUUGAGGGCUGUUGUGAGGCGAGGAAUGUGAUUGAGGGCUGUUGUGAGGCGAGGAAUGUGAUUGAGGGCUGUUGUGAGGCGAGGAUUGUGAUUGAGGGCUGUUGUGAGGCGAGGAAUGUGAUUGAGGGCUGUUGCGAGGCGAGGAAUGUGAUUGAGGGCUGUUGUGAGGCGAGGAUUGUGAUUGAGGGCUGUUGUGAGGCGAGGAAUGUGAUUGAGGGCUGUUGUGAGGCGAGGAUUGUGAUUGAGGGCUGUUGUGAGGCGAGGAAUGUGAUUGAGGGCUGUUGCGAGGCGAGGAAUGUGAUUGAGGGCUGUUGUGAGGCGAGGAUUGUGAUUGAGGGCUGUUGUGAGGCGAGGAAUGUGAUUGAGGGCUGUUGCGAGGCGAGGAAUGUGAUCGAGGGCUGUUGUGAGGCGAGGAAUGUGAUUGAGGGCUGUUGUGAGGCGAGGAUUGUGAUUGAGGGCUGUUGUGAGGCGAGGAAUGUGAUUGAGGGCUGUUGUGAGGCGAGGAUUGUGAUUGAGGGCUGUUGUGAUUCGAGGAAUGUGAUUGAGGGCUGUUGCGAGGCGAGGAAUGUGAUUGAGGGCUGUUGUGAGGCGAGGAAUGUGAUUGAGGGCUGUUGUGAGGCGAGGAAUGUGAUUGAGGGCUGUUGUGAGGCGAGGAUUGUGAUUGAGGGCUGUUGUGAGGCGAGGAAUGUGAUUGAGGGCUGUUGUGAGGCGAGGAUUGUGAUUGAGGGCUGUUGUGAGGCGAGGAAUGUGAUUGAGGGCUGUUGCGAGGCGAGGAUUGUGAUUGAGGGCUGUUGUGAAGCGAGGAAUGUGAUUGAGGGCUGUUGCGAGGCGAGGAAUGUGAUUGAGGGCUGUUGUGAGGCGAGGAAUGUGAUUGAGGGCUGUUGUGAGGCGAGGAAUGUGAUUGAGGGCUGUUGUGAGGCGAGGAUUGUAAUUGAGGGCUGUUGUGAGGCGAGGAAUGUGAUUGAGGGCUGUUGUGAGGCGAGGAAUGUGAUUGAGGGCUGUUGUGAGGCGAGGAUUGUGAUUGAGGGCUGUUGUGAGGCGAGGAAUGUGAUUGAGGGCUGUUGCCAGGCGAGGAAUGUGAUUGAGGGCUGUUGUGAGGCGAGGAAUGUGAUUGAGGGCUGUUGUGAGGCGAGGAUUGUGAUUGAGGGCUGUUGUGAGGCGAGGAAUGUGAUUGAGGGCUGUUGCGAGGCGAGGAUUGUGAUUGAGGGCUGUUGUGAAGCGAGGAAUGUGAUUGAGGGCUGUUGCGAGGCGAGGAAUGUGAUUGAGGGCUGUUGUGAGGCGAGGAAUGUGAUUGAGGGCUGUUGUGAGGCGAGGAAUGUGAUUGAGGGCUGUUGUGAGGCGAGGAAUGACCUUGAGGCGCGUCACGCGCUGCUCACUGAACGCCUGGACGCACUCAGGGCCGCCAACUCAUCGUGUGGUGCCACAUCGUCAUGCCGGACUGAGCGUGCUGCGGGGACAGUGGAAGAGGGGGGUGGCAGUGGGGCAGGAGAGGGGGGGGCGGAGGAGGCGAGGGGAGGGGCAGCGGGGGAUGAGCGUGGGAAGCAGCAAGAGCUGGCCGCGUUGGAUGCUGAGCUGGCAUGUCUCAGGCACCAGCUGUACACGCACCAGGCAGCGCUGGCCAAGCAGCCGUCCGCAGCUGAGCGCGAGAAGCACCUGGAGCGGCGAUUGAGGGCGCUCUCAGAGAACGUGCAAGGCAAGCAGGUGCAGGCGGACGCGCUGAGCAGCGAGGUGGCGGCGCUGCAGCAGCAGCUGGAGCACACGCGGGCGGAGCGCAGGCAGCUGCUGCUGGGGGUGGGGGAGACGGGCGCACACACUGGGGGAGGUGACGGGAGAGCGGGUGGGGACCGGGGGGAGGUGGUCAGCCGGGGCAGUGAGCGGUGGAGGGGUGAGGCGAGGAGGGGAUGGGGCGGGAAUGGGGGAGGUGGUCGCGGUGUGCUGGCUGCUCUGGGCUUGUCGUGGGGAGUCACUGUUGCCACUGCAGGGUUGGUGGAUGACGACGACCCCAGUGCCAAGGCCAAGCCCAGGCCCUUGCGCCGGCGCCUGUGGGAGCAGGUGGUGGACGCGGCACGGGCGCUGGACGGCCUGAGUCUGCGUGUGGGCGGCGCGCUGCAGCGCAACUCGUUUGCGCGGUCACUGGUAGUGGCGUACGUGCUGGCGCUGCACCUCUCCGUCUUCCUGGUGCUCUCCCUCGUCACCCUCGAGCACGCGCUCCACACCUUCUGACCGUGCAUCGUACCUCCUGCCACGGGUAGUGUGCAACCUGUCAACUUAUACAUUUGUUGAUAUGUAGAAGUUAUAGGCUAGAUAGUUGUAUGUUGUUAGAGGGUACAACCGGAACACAUAUAUCUCCCUUGUUCCACUUGUGUUCAUUAUUCAUUCACAUUAACAUGGUAUCAUGAGUAGGUAGGUCCAUCCUGUC